GGUAAUGGAAUAAUCCAAUAAUUACAUGUACAUUAUUUUUGACAGCGGCAGAGGACUUGAAACAUCUGGCUUGUUUUUUAAAAUCUGGACAUGUCAAAGCCACAAAUCGACGAAUUCCUCUUAUUUUAUUUCCCAACAUCAUUUUCAUCCCAAAAGGUACUGUUUGCAUUAUUUGAAAAAGAAGUAACCUUCAAGCCGCUGUAUGUGAGUUUGUUUUCUGGUCAACAUAAUGAGCCGUGGUAUAUGAGGUUAAACCCUGAUGGAAGCCAUAUACCCGUAUUGAAACAUGGGAACAAGGUUAUAGUGGAACCAGCGGCAAUAAUUGACUACAUUAGUAAAUGUACAGAAAAUGCUGGUCAUCAAUUGGUGCCAAGCCUUGAGUCACAGCUAGGGAGAAAUGUGCAGGAAUUUCGAGAGAUGAUUGACAGUGUCCCUGCAGAUAUAUUGACAUAUGGAGUAAUAUAUCAUCCCCAACUGUCAAACUCGGGUUGUAAAAUACCCAGUGCAACACAGCUUAGUAUGCAGGAAAAUUUUGCGAAGAGAAUGAGUAUGUUAACGGAACUAGCAACAAAACAUCCUGACCUACGAGACAGCUACUUGACGAAAAGCCAGACUACGGCCCAUAAAUUUGACAUCAUUACAGAAGAGGCCCAAGUUGCUGCCCAGCUUGACAGUUUAGAACCUGUUUUUAUGACUAUUGAAAAUCAACUGAAGAAAAUCAAAGAAGAGGGUGCCGAUUAUUCGGAUGAGUUAUGGUUGUUCGGACCGAUGUUUACUGCUGCAGAUAUUAGUCUUUCAGUAUUACUAAAUCGUCUUUAUUUACUCGGACUUGAUGGGCGAUAUUUUUCAACGUCAAAAUGCCCGUGCAUUCAUCAGUAUUAUUGGCAGGUGAAAAAGAGACCAGCGUUUCAACGAAUAGAAAAAGAGAUUGCGAAUCUUAAAAUGACAAUGUUGUGGGACAGUGUGAAGACUGCCUCGCCAUAUAUUGCAGGGGCAGUAACUCUUGGAGCUGCUGUAGGGACCGGUUAUUAUAUAUAUAAGAAAUUAGAUAGCUGAGCCUUGUUUUACGGUAUAUAUAUCACAAAUGUAAUAGUUCUAUAUAAAUUUGUUACGCAAUAUGUAGAGUAAUUUAUACCAUUCACAAGCCAUUCCCUUUAUCGUGUUAAGUGUAGUGUUUGAAACGUUUUAACGUUUAAGAUAAAAAUGGAUAAAAAUCUUCAAGUUGACACAAAGUGAAUCUCACUCUUUUUCAGAAAACAAAAAAAGUAUUAUUCUACUGCUUUUCUUUCUUUUAUUUAUAAAAUCAAUGCAUUUAAUAACCUGGCCUGCCUGGUUCAAUUCAUUCACAAUAUUGCUAUGAUAUAAUGAUAUUACUCAUGUAUAACUGUUAUGUACAUGUACAGCAUUUUGAUUAUAAUUUUACUCUAUUCAUAUUGUCCAUCUAGCUCAUUUAGCGCAGUAGGUUAUAUGUAAGGUGUAUGAUACAUGUAAACUUGAUUAGUUUGAAAGUAGUUAUGAACAUAUAGAAUGGAUUGUGAGUUUUAAACUCUAAAAACUUUAAUAAACCACUGUAGACUCCACUCCAACUUCUACUCAAAUAAUGCAUUCAGGGGCACUCCGCCAUAUUGGAGUUAUAUGAAAAAACAUAGCCGUGACUCUAGUAGGACAUAAAUUCUUUCAUUAAGAAACAGAAUUGAUAACUGCCACUUACCUUAAAGUUAUUUGGUUUAAGAUUAUAAAACAUAAAAUUAGAUAGAAAUAACAUAUCUUAAUGAUAUUUACAUGUUCAAAUUUAACUUUAGAUAAAUAAAUCAUAUUUUUGUUGAUAUUUACAUGUUAAUUUGAUUUGAAAGAUAAAGUAGUAUGUAUAUAUAUGUAUUUUAAUGAUAUUAGAUUUAAAUAAUAGAUUUUUAUUGAUAUUUUAUACUUAUUUGAUAUUAUAACACCAAGAUCUGUUAAGCAGCACAUAAUUCAAAUACAACUUUUUAAAUUUUUGAAGGGGCGUCCUUGUGCGAGUGGUUAUGGUUGUGAACUUCAAACCACUUACCGCUGUGGGUUUAUAUCAGUUCUACUGGGUGCGCCUAUAAUAAUUGCACAGAGAGGCACCUGAGGUUUUCCUCCACCAGUAAAGCUUGAAAGUCGGCAUGUGACCUGUGUUUGUGCAACGAAUAAAGAAAACAAAAAUAUAUAUUGAAAUUAUAGUUUUUUAUAGAUUUUUGAGUUUUUGAGGGUUUUAUUUGCAGGAAAAUGUUGAUUUGUUUUAUAAAGAGUGGCUGAAAAUUUCAAUAUUUUCAAAUGAUAAAAUAUAGUUAGUGCAUUUUUAUAACAUUAAGAUUCAAUGUUUAUUUAUAUUUCUUUAUACAUGUGACAUGUAUUUGUAUUACUAUGUAUUUAAACUUUUUAUUAAACAAAUGUCAAUACGUUUUGUUAUAAAAAGAGGUAAUUGUAUAUUUUAUUGGAAUGAAUUUUGAAAUGACUUAAUUUUAAGGUUGUUAUAACUUUAUAAUAAGG